CACCGCCGUCGCCGGAGGCAGAUGCUCCGCCUCCUCCACCAGGAAAAAGCAACAAAUCUACUGUGAUAACCAUCGCCAUUACUCUUCCGCUUGGAGGUGUCAUGGUACUUCUCUCUCUCACUUGUUGCAUUCUUCGUAGAAAAAGAAAGAAGACGGAUGAAGUCGUCAAAGGAAAAGGCGGUGCAAAUGAACUUACCACUGUGGAGUCCUUGCAAUUUGACUUGGCUACAGUACAUGCUGCGACAAAUUAUUUCUCUCAUGAAAACAAGUUAGGUGAAGGUGGAUUUGGUGAAGUUUUCCAGGGUAAACUUCCUGAUGGAGAACAAAUCGCGGUGAAAAGGCUAUCUAAAAGCUCGAGACAAGGUGAUGGAGAAUUUAAGAAUGAAAUUUUAUUAGUUGCGAAGCUUCAACACAUAAACCUUGUACGAUUGCUUGGAUUUUGCUUGGAGGGAGAUGAAAAGCUACUGGCCUAUGAGUUUGUGCCAAAUAAAAGCCUUGAUUACUUCUUAUUUGAUCCCCAAAAAAGGAGACAAUUGAAUUGGCCAUUACGUUAUAAAAUAAUAUCAGGGAUUGCUCGAGGAAUGCUCUAUCUACAUGAAGAUUCUCGUCUCCGGAUUAUUCAUCGGGACCUAAAAUGUAGCAAUAUCUUGUUAGACAAUGAAAUGAACCCAAAGAUUUCGGAUUUUGGCAUGGCAAGGAUUUUUGGAGUCAAUCAAACUCAGGCUAGCACAAAUAAAAUCGUGGGGACUUUUGGUUACAUGUCUCCAGAAUAUGCAAUGCAUGGAGAGUUCUCAAUGAAAUCCGAUGUUUAUAGUUUUGGCAUACUACUUCUAGAGAUCAUUUGCGGCAAGAAAAACAACUUCUACCAUCAAUUGGAUGGGGGUGACUAUCUUGCUAGUUAUGUGUGGAAGCAAUGGAGAGACGGCCAGCCCACAGAAGUGUUGGAUCCGGCUAUCGUGGAUUCAUAUUCAAGAGAUGAGGUACUUCGAUGCCUGCACAUUUGCUUACUGUGCAUUCAGGAAGAUCCAGCUAUUAGACCCACCAUGGCAACUGUAGUUCUCAUGCUCAGCAGCAAUAACUUUAACCCACCAUCACCUCAACAUCCAGCCUUCUUCAUCCAAAGCAGAUUGCGGGGACUGAGCAUCCCAAUGAAAGAGCUUGACUCAGACCACCCCACCAGGAGGACUAUGGCUUCGUCGUCCAAUGGCAUGUCAUUAACCGAAUUGUACCCCCGGUGA